UCUGAUCACUUGGUCAUGUGACCUUGCACAACACCCCAGCUGAACCAACCAAAGUCAUCAUUACUUAAUAUUUAUGUUGCUCGGGAUCCCCUUGCGCGAAGAAGUAUGCUAAUACCAGUGAGGAAGCAUGGGAGGCAUGAAUAAACUGGCUUUUGGCAGAAUCUGAGAUUCUCCACUCACAUAUUGUGUAGCUUAUACUGUUCGCUGUCAAAUAACAGCAGAGUUCCCUGUGAAAUAUAGGCUACCUCUCCUACGAAUGCACGAGUCGCCGACAUUCCACACGCUUCCUGCAAAGUUUUGUAACAUCGCUUGAUAACCAUUACACAAGUGGGGAAGGUCCUUCAUAACGCGGAUGAAUGGAAAGCAGUAACUGCGGCUGCCACAUCGAAGUGACAAUCGUUUUGUGAGGUUGUGAGGUGGUGAUCGAGGUGGAUAUGUCUACAAAGUUAUUUUAAUUCAGCAACUAAGUGUAGCCUAUUGCAAAAAUACUGCGCGGCCUAGUGGUUUAUUGAAACGAAAUGACAGCGAAGAAUCAGAUGCAGCGAAUAAUCGGCGAGGCGCUGUGGGGGAUGAGCGCCGCCGACGCCAUGUCCAUGCCAGUGCACUGGUACUACAGCGUGCGAGAUAUCAAGAGCGAGUUCAACGGCUGGAUAAAGGGUUUCAACCCGCCCAGAGAGAGACACCCCACCAGCAUCCUCACCCUCUCCAACGCAGCUGGCAGUGGGCGCAGUGGUUGGUCAUCAGACACCAGGCCUCCAGUGAUCGGCAACAUCAUCCUCCACGACAAGCUGAGCUACUGGAAGAAGCCAGGAGGCAGUGUCCACUAUCAUCAAGGUCUACAGGCUGGUCAGAACACACUGAACACCUUGUGUGCGCUGCGCGUGGGGAAGGUUCUCUCCUCUGGGGGGUUCUGCAGCAUGACGGAACCGCUCGCACAAGCUGCAGUCCUCUCGGACUAUGUGCAGUUUAUGACCACACCUGGUAGCCAUGACGACACCUAUGCUGAGUCAUUCCACAGAUCCUUCUUCUCUGAUUGGCAGGACUCGAGACCAACCUCACCAACCAAGGUCCUUGAGUUUGCAGAGAAAAGAUGUAAACAGAGGAUGAAUGUGCAUCCCCCUGACAGCCAGCUGGAUGCUAUUGGUUGCCUACCCAUGAGCAUCCCUUUCCUUCUGUUAUCGGCUUCAGAUGAUGAAGAGACUGCUGUGAGCGCGUCGGUUCAGUUUGUGCGACUCACUCACCCACACCCGAAGCUGGAGAAGUUCGUGGCGCUGUAUGCGCGUGCGCUGCACGCUACGCUGAACGGCGCGUGUCUGCAGCAACAGGCGGAGGCGGCGCUCAAGUCGCCCGCGCUCGACGUCUGGGACACCUGCCAGAGCUUCAUGCGCAGAGCCGCCAGGCUACCCAUCGCUUCUGAGGAGAGAUUGAAGGUCCAUCAGAGUGCUGUUGAGGUGCUGGGACUGGCCUGCUACACUAAAGGUGCCCUCAGCAGUCUGUUCUACUUGGCCCACGAGUUCCAUAGCGAUGUCCAGGGAGGGAUCUUGGCCAACUCCAACUGUGGAGGAGAGAACUGCAACAGAGGGGCAGCGCUGGGGGCCUUGCUGGGCUCUCGUGCGGGGCAUCUGGGCAAGUCUGUCCCUCAGGAGUGGAAAGAUGCCCUCGUAACGGGCAGACAAUACAUCCCAGAUAUACUGCAGAACCUCUCCUAACACACUACCCCUACUGCCAUGAUUCUCUUGCUGUGUGCGUGUGUGUGUGUGUGUGUGUGUGAGUGUGUGUGUGUGUUCGUGUGUGUAUUCGUGUGUGUGUUCGUGUGUGUGUUCGUGUGUGUGUGUGGGUGUGUGUGGGUGAGAGAGAGAAAGAGAGAAUGUAUGUGUAUCCUCUCCUUUGGUUCCUAGUUGCUGCUCGUUGUUUAGGAUAUUGUCCACGCACCGUUAUAUCCUAAUGCCUUUGCAGUGCAUAUUAUCCAUAUGAACUGUGUGUGAUGUGUCUUGAGUUUCCAGGAGCAGUUUACAUGUUCAAACAAGGCGAUCCCUUAUUAGCCACAUCGGUAGGAGCUUGAGUUUGCAUAUCAGAAGAUUUAUCUUAAAGCUAAAAGGGAGCUUUCUGAAUGAUUAAGGAAAACUUAAGUAAUAUUGUGUUUACUACAAGUUUACUACAAUAUGCUGAUUGUAAUAUUUGUAAUCAUGUAUUUAAUGUAUAUUAUUUUCAGAUUCAUGCAUUAAACAGUGACUAUUGA